AUGGCGGAGACCAAGAUCAUCUACCACAUCGACGAGGAGGAGACGCCGUACCUGGUGAAGCUGCCCGUGCCGCCGGAGAAAGUCACGCUGGCCGAUUUCAAAAAUGUCCUCAGCAACCGGCCCGUGCACAGCUACAAGUUCUUCUUCAAGUCCAUGGACCAGGAUUUCGGGGUGGUGAAGGAAGAAAUCUCAGAUGACAAUGCAAAACUCCCCUGCUUCAAUGGAAGAGUGGUGUCCUGGCUGGUCCUGGCUGAAAGCUCCCACUCUGACACGGGUUCCCAGUGCACUGAGAGCCACCCCGAGCUGCCCCCAGCCCUGGAGAGAACCGGAGGCAUCGGCGACUCCCGGCCCCCAUCCUUCCACCCCAACGCCGGCAGCAGCAGGGACGGGUUGGACAAUGACACCGGAGCCGAGUCCGUGCUCAGCCACCGGCGCGAGCGGCACCGGCGCCGCAACCGCGACCGCGAGCUCCCCAGGAUCAACGGGCACCCCAAGCUGGACAGGCACCGUGAGCACCCCCCUGGCUACGACAGCUCCUCCACCAUGAUGAGCAGCGAGCUGGAGUCCAGCAGCUUCAUCGACUCUGAGGAUGAUGACAACACCAGCAGGUUGAGCAGCUCCACGGAGCAGAGCACUUCAUCCCGGCUCAUCCGCAAGCACAAACGCCGGAGGAGGAAACAGAGGAUGAGGCAGAUUGACAGGUCGUCCUCGUUCAGCAGCAUCACUGACUCCACCAUGUCCCUAAACAUCAUCACUGUCACACUCAACAUGGAAAAGUACAACUUCCUGGGAAUCAGCAUCGUGGGGCAGAGCAAUGACCGGGGUGACGGUGGCAUCUACAUCGGCUCCAUCAUGAAAGGAGGGGCCGUGGCAGCGGACGGGCGCAUCGAGCCAGGGGACAUGCUGCUGCAGGUGAAUGAUGUCAAUUUUGAGAACAUGAGCAAUGACGAUGCCGUCCGGGUUUUACGGGAAAUCGUCUCCAAACCAGGACCUAUCAGCCUAACAGUAGCCAAAUGCUGGGACCCUACUCCCAGGAGUUAUUUCACCAUCCCCAGGGCUGAGCCGGUGCGGCCGAUCGACCCCGCGGCCUGGAUCUCUCAUACCACGGCCAUGACGGGAGCGUACCCCCGUUACGGUAUGAGCCCCUCCAUGAGCAUCACCACAUCUACCAGCUCCUCACUAACAAGCUCAAUUCCCGAGUCGGAAAAAUUAGAAGAAUCUCCUUUAACUGUGAAGAGUGACAUGGCUACUAUUGUCAAGGUCAUGCAGCUGCCAGACUCAGGCCUUGAAAUUCGGGACAGGAUGUGGUUAAAAAUCACCAUCUCCAAUGCAGUGAUAGGAGCAGAUGUGGUGGACUGGCUUUACACACACGUGGAAGGCUUCAAGGACCGCCGGGAGGCCAGGAAAUACGCCAGCAGCAUGCUGAAACACGGCUACCUCAGGCACACUGUGAACAAAAUCACCUUCUCAGAGCAGUGCUAUUAUGUCUUCGGAGACCUCUGUGGCAAUCUGGCUGCACUGAACCUGAACAACGGUUCCAGCGGCGCCUCGGACCAGGACACCCUGGCUCCCCUCCCACAUCCUGCUGCUCCCUGGCCCUUGGGUCAGGGAUAUCCCUACCAGUAUCCUCUGCCCCCUCCUUGUUUCCCACCAGCUUACCAAGACCCAGGCUUUAGCUAUGGCAGUGGCAGUGCAGGCAGCCAGCAGAGUGAAGGGAGCAAAAGCAGCGGCUCCAACCGGAGCACCAGCGAGACCAGCAGGAGAGGAGCGGGCAGGGACAAGGAGCGCAAAUCCGGGGGCAGCGGCAGCGAGUCGGAACCCGGAGCGCGCCGGGAGCGGCCACUCAGCCAACUCAGCCACAGCGACAGGAGCCACCAGAGCCACCAGAGCCACCACUCCUACGGGCCCCCAGGGGUGCCACCAUUGUACAGCCUGCCCAAAUUGGGCUCCAAAGCGUUGGGCAGCAGUGGCCCACCCGGGGGACCCCCGGUGCGGGAGCUGAGCGCCGUGCCGCCCGAGCUCACCGGGAGCCGCCAGUCCUUCCAGAAGGCCAUGGGCAACCCUUGCGAGUUCUUCGUGGACAUCAUGUGAGAGGAAGUGCCUUCAAAAGACUCUGCACAGAGGGUGGGUUUUGUUGGGGUUUUGGUUUUUUUGUUGUUUUUUUUGUCGUUGGGGGGGUUGGCUUGGCUGUUUUUUGCAUGUCACACCUUCCUGUUCGCAAGCGUGUCGCAGAGAGGAAAAAAAAACAAACAAACAAACAAACAAAA